AUGGCAGAUUUUUAUUAUUAUUUUUGCCGUGUGUUUUUCCUAUUUUUUCUCAUCUUUGAAAGCUCAUAUUCUCGCAUACAUAAUAUAGAAUUAGAGGUUUGUAUGUAGAUUGUUCUUAAAGUGGGUUUGUAUGAGAUUUUGUUGGUAAAAACUGCGUGUAUUUAUGUUUGAAAGUUACUGAUUCAAAAUGGACAAAUGGUUGUUUACAUAAUGUAUUAGUAAAAUGCUACUUCUAUGUUUCGUAAUAGCUACAUUAAAGUUGUGGUUAAGGGCUGUUGAAAUUUUCAACACAUCCAAUAUGGUAGUCUAACAUUGUAGUUUAACAUUGUUGUAUAGCUCAUUAGUUAUUUAGUUUUGCUACCCAGCCUACCCCUGUAAUAUAUUUAGCAGAUGAUGACCAUAGACCAGGCUGUAAAGUUUGGGGGAAUAAAUUCUCUGCACACUUGUGACUGCUGUUUGGAUUUCACAGUUCUUGGAGUCAUACAGUACUCCCUGUGCACAAAACAAACGUUACAGUCUGGAAUACUGACUUUAGCACUUGUGUUUUGUUGUGUUGUAUUUGUUCUGUAAGAGGUCAGUAAUGUAAUGGCUGUGUUAGUGUACCUGAGCCAUUUUCCUGUUUGCAUUUUCCUGUUUGCAUUUUCCUUGUGCAGGGCUGCAAAUAAAUAUUUGACUUGACAGGACAUUGGUCCGAUCACUUCUAAUUUUGGUUGGACAUAACUUGAAUUUGGUUGGACAAAAAUCAACACUACUAAAUUUGGUUGGACAUAUAUAGUAUACGCCACAAGACAUACCGGGUGUCCCAAAAAAAAGUACUCCGGUUUGAUUCGUAAUAACUUCUUAACAAGUAAACCUUUUAAAGAGAAAUAACUUGCAUCAAAUAGAGGAAGGACUAACUCAGAUUUUGAUAUAUUACAGUUGUAUUUCACUUAAAAAUUCACGGAGAUGUUAAUGUUUAAAAUCGGGAGCAUAUUUCCGGAUGUGUCUGAAAUAUGCAAAAAACAGCAUAUCAAAUAUUAAUUAUGAUUUGCCCGACUGAAACAUGCACGAUUACCAGUAAAUAAAUAACACUUGACAAAUUGUUUAUUAUGAAACAAAGUAUUAUUAUCUACAAAAUACAAGUAAGAUUUAUUCGUCCGAAAUCUGUGUGGGUUCCUAGCACGAAUACGUUUCCUUAUUUCAUGAGACCACUGCAUCGCGAAGGAUCGUCAUGGAUCGUUCGUAGUUCUGAAAUCCUAGCAUGCUAUCACAAUGGAAUUGUCAAGCUCUUCUAACUUCUGCAACGUUCUGAAAUCUUGUUAAGAACACUCAAACUCAUUUGCCUUUUCUUAAUCUUUUUAAGUUCAGAAUAAACUGAGAAUGAAACACAAUCAAGGCCAUACAACUCCAUCAGACAACAAUUAAGCAUGCAACUCCCUGGAGACAUCCAACAUUUUUGGAACAAAACAUAACAAAAUAGUAGCGUUGAUACUGUGAUGUGUAUUUGCAAAAAGCAAUAUUAUUUCCUUCAUUGCAGAAUAAUAUUCAUCCUGCUCUAACCGAGAAAUAAUCAACUCUGUUUUGAACCCAUGAAAAACAUAAAAAAAUUAGGCUAAGAAAAAUUUAAGCGCCUGCCUUGCAUGGUCUUUCAUGUACCGUAUAAAUUUGUAAAGUUUGUAAAGACCUAUUAAAUACUUGCAUAAUUUCGUACGUUCAUGUUUCAGGAAACAACGAGCUAAGACUUACAUGUAAGAAGUCUAAAUCUACGCCAUAUCCCUUACAAUCCUAACGACAUUUCGCUGAAAUACAAGUUAGCCUGAUAUGUCAUCAAGCAAACAAACGCUGAAGUUAAUAUUUGAUAUGCCGAUUUUCGCUAAUUUUAGACACAUCCCAAAAUCAGCUCCCGAUUUUGAACAUUAAUAUCUCGAUGAAUUUUUAAGUAAAAUACAACUGUAAUAUAUCAAAAUCUAAGUUAGUCCUUCCUCUAUUUAAUGCAAGUUAUUUCUGUUUGAUAGCUUUACAUGUUUAGAAGUUAUUAUAAAUCAAACCGGAGUACUUUUUUUUGGGACACCCGGUAUAUAAGUCACAAGACAAGUAUGUAUAGCCUUUCCGGCGCAAUGUUAAGUAAAAUGCUAGAUUGCCUCGCAAAUGUAUAUGACAAUUUUUUCUUGUGACCGGACCAAUGUCCGAUCAAAAUUACUUUUGCUUGGACAUUUGCCAAAUUUAGUCGGACAUUGUCCGAUGUCCGACAGUAAUUUGCAGCCCUGCUUGUUUAUGUUUGUGUUAACGGCCAAAGUUAAUAAAUAAAUGAUAAUUAGACUCGGCACACUUAAAUUUUCAUGUAUAUAUGAAUACCCCUAGAAGCAAAUUAAUGAAUUUUUUGGCUGUUCCAUAUUUGUCCAAUUUUGUGUAAACAUAGUUGAUUGAAAUUUAUUUCUUAGAAUGAUCAACGUGGUCACGUAAAGAUUUCAACAUUUGGAAUUUUAAAACAAGGACGUAUAUCCAUAAAUGUGAAGAAUCUAACAUUUAUAAACCAGAAUCAAAUAAAGGUUGUUAUUUAAUUCAUUGUUUUCGUUUUACUCUAUCAAAUAUUUCAUUAAUUUCUUGAAUAUGGAAUUACACACUCAUGGGUAGAUUUUCUAGGGGGGGGGGGGGGUUAACCCCCUCCUAGAAUCUCUCUACCCCUCUAAUAGUGUUCAACCCCACCAAAAUUUGGCUUCACCCCUCCUAUUUUGUGUGAAAAGCUUUAAUUACCCAAAUGCCUAACCCCUCCCGAAGCUCACUGAGUGGUGUCGCUUGCACUCCACCAGAAAUGUUUCUACUUGUGCACCCUUCCAUCGACCCUCGUUUUUGUGUAUAUGACAUUAGUUAAAGCCAUGACGAAAACAAGGCUCUUUAGCCAAAAUGAUGUCCUUUCUUGAAGAGUGCAUUGUUCACGAAAUUGUUUUUGUAUUUUGUGUAGCUUGGUUUUAGUAUUCAAAAAACAACAAGCAGUGGGAUGGCAACCUAUAUGGUAUUAUUAGUGAAUUUUCAGUUUUAAAAUAUGUAUUAAUACAGUAUUAAUCAGUAUGCCCAGAUAGUCCAGUCCAUGCAAUUUUUCUAAAGUCAUUUUGCAAGCUUCAACUUUAUGUUUUAUCAAAUAUUACAGGAAGGCCACACAGACAAAUGUUUGCUUGAGCCAUUGAACAUUGAUAAGAGUAUUGCCAUUGAUCUCUUUAUUUUUAAUUGGACCCUUGGUGAAAACAUGCUAGGCAGUAUCGAGGUUGUAAAAUGUGGUAAAAUAUUGCCGAUUAUUGAAGCUCCUUUGGCAAAACAAGUCAAGAUUUCAACGCAAAAGGAAGAUUGCAUCAAAAUUGAGACUUUGCCGUUGUCUGUGUAUCAUAAACCUAACAAUAUUGUCAGUUUGAACGGCACGGUAAGUUGGAUAUCCUGAAAUUAUAUCCUAAGGAUUAGGGUUGGAAUUAGGAUUAAGAGUUGGGAUUAUGGUUGGGGUUAAAUUAGUUUUCGAAAUAAUUUUUCAGGUAUAUGACUACAACAAGGCACUAUAGUCAUUUGCAAUCUCAGUUUGUUAAGAAGGAAUUUUUUUUUGUUCUGUAGAUCUUUGACAACAUUGCUUUGAUUAUAAUGGAGUCAACAGAAGAAGCCCAGGCUGAUUAUAUUACUUGGAUAUCCUUUUCAUGAUGCUGAUUAUGAUGAUGGUGGGAGUGAUGGUGAUUAUGAUGAUGGUGGGAGUGAUGGUGAUUAUGAUGAUGGUGGGAGUGAUGGUGAUUGUGAUGAUGGUGGGAGUGAUGGUGAUUAUGAUGAUGGUGGGAGUGAUGGUGAUUAUGAUGAUGGUGGGAGUGAUGGUGAUUAUGAUGAUGGUGGGAGUGAUG